AUGUCGAGCUUAUUCCGCUCAGCGCCAGAGUACGACGUCGAAGCUGCUGAAUCAGCGCCGCUCGUCAAUCGAGAAGAUGACGAUUUCUCCGCGUUCCGCUCGGGGGACGAUGGGGACCGAGUGAAUGUUACCUACGUGUUCGCCCCCGAAUGGCCGGUACCAGGAAGAGAGGAGCAGAUUGUAGGCGUACUGGGGAGGGACAAGGAUGAAACGGUCGAUAUGGUUCAGAGAGCCUUUCCAACAUUAGCCAAGUAUCCCGCCGGUCGGAUUGCCUUCGAGGUCUCGGACAUCGCACCUUCCAGCUCGACGCCGGCGGGGCCUCAGCAGUAUCCUCCACCACGGACGGAAUGGGCCAAAGUCAUGGAUGAGGCAUGGCCGCAGUUCAAGCGGAAGCCGCCAAGCAGGAUACGGGUGACCGUGAGGGAUGCUCCGGGAGAUGAAGAGAGGCGGAAGACGAGAGAUAGACGGAAGGUCGCUCUUGUCGUUGUGGGAUCUAUAGCCGGCCCUAUCCUCCUUAUCGCUUUCCUUGGCUUGAUGGCGUAUGGGCUUGGAGGGGACGAUACGUCGUAUACCGGCGAGGAGCGAUAG